AUGAUUUCAAUAAAAACUCAACAAUCUCAACAACCCUAUACGGAAAAUAAGGUGAAUUUAUUUCGUGGAUUCUUAUUACAUUUAGUAACGUAUCAAUAUUCAUAUACUUUACCACGUUGUGAUCUUUUCAUAACCAUUACUGUUAUUUUAAUAAGCUACGGAGUUCCUGAGAAGAUUGUCAACAUUAUCCAGAACUCAUACGACGGACCACAGUGCAAAGUCGUGCAUGGAGGACAGCUGACAGAUGCAUUCCAAGUAAGGACCGGAGUCAGACAAGGCUGUUUACUCUCUCCCUUCCUCUUUCUUCUGGUGGUCGACUGGAUUAUGAAGACCUCGACAUCUGAAGGAAAACACGGAAUUCAAUGGACAGCUCGAAAUCAAUUAGACGAUUUGGACUUCGCAGAUGACCUAGCCCUCCUAUCACGUACACACGAACAGAUGCAGAUGAAGACAGCCAGUGUAACAGCAGUCUCUGCAUCAGUAGGCCUCAGCAUACACAAAGGGAAAACCAAAGUCCUCAAAUUUAAAGCAGAAAACAACAAUCCAAUCACUCUUGAUGGCGAAACUCUGGAAAAUGUAGAGUCCUUCACAUACCUAGGAAGCAUCAUCGAUGAACAAGGAGGUUCAGAUGCAGACGUAAAGGCAAGGAUUGGCAAAGUAAGGACAGCAUUCCUACAGUUAGAGAACAUAUGGAACUCAAGACAACUUUCAACCAAUAUCAAA